AUGCCCAAAGAACGCAAACCGAGGGCAUCUCGCUAUGUCCGCUGUGUCGGCCCGCAGCCCAAGUUUGGCCCCGACGGGGAGUAUCUAGGAGUGCAGUGGCAGGAUAAGCGGGUGGGCCUCAAGGAAUCGGAGUUCCGCCGCAAGUGGGAAGAAAGUCAAACGCCGGAAGAGAGACAGCUGGAAAGGGAAUGGCAGUGGCAGCAAACCUCGUUGUUGCGCCGCGGGCAUCGCCAACUUAUCCCACCGCGUCCCAAGCCAACUGCUACAACCGCGGACUCGAGUGAGCCUGUAGCGGGUCCCAGUAAGACGGCGGCGGAGGAAGUCGCGAAAUACGAGGACGCCAAGACCGGGCCCAGUGAGGUGCAACCCGGGCUCUAG